AUGGAACAUGUUGAGCACGACCUGGAAGCCGCGACUUACUCCACGGAGGAAGAGGAGGAGAAGCACGAGCAACCCAUCAGCAACACUCUCACAUCACCUGAAGAUGGCUCCACAGCAUCAACGAGAGAGCACGUCGACAUUCCACCUAAUGUAAAUCAAAAACUGCAUUCGAAAGGCCUCGCAACAGAUAACUCUGGCUUGGUGCGAUGGAAAAGCGGCACAUCUGCCCAUCCGAGACGGUGGCCUCUAUUCCGAAAGUCCUACGACUCUGCCGUGAUCAUCUUCAUGGAGUUCAUCAUGACACUCUUCAGCAACGUCGGAAGUUCUAUCGUGCCGUACUCGAUCGAACAGCUGGGCACCUCGGAAGAGCUGGGUCUGUUCUACUUCACAACAUUAUACCUGCUGGGUCAAGCCCUCGGCGGACUCAUCUUCCCACCUCUGGCCGAGUCCUUCGGUGGACGAACAAUCUAUACUACGUGCGCGUUUGGGUUUGGGGCAUUCUGUGCGCUCGUCGGAGCUUCGCCAACCGUCCCUGCAGUGGUGGUCGGCCGCUUCGUAUCAGGUUUCGUAUCUGCCAUGCCUGCUGUGGUGGCGUGCGGUAGCAUCGAGAACAUGUGGAACAUUAAGGCGAGAAUUUGGCUGGUGCAUAUCUGGAUCGCGUCAGCUGUGCUCGCGCUGGCUUUGGCACCUGCGAUUGCGGUUGCUGUCAGUGAAUCGCCACUUGGCUGGCAAUGGCUGUUCUACAUCGCAGCCAUCCUUGGCGGCCUCAUGGGCAUCGCAUGCCUCUUCAUGCAAGAAUCUCGGCCCUCGCAACUCCUUCGCCAAAAGGUCCAGCGCGUCUCACGCACGACCGAUUUUCGCAAGCUCUCCGUCAAUCAUCAAGACUCCAAGCCAUCACUCUCCACUUUCGUCCAGGAAGGCCUCACCAUGCCUCUUCGAUUGUUCUUUACGGAGCCUAUUGUCUUCUUGACCUCCAUCAUGGCCGCGAUCGUUUACGCUGUGAUCUACCUCUUCACAGCCGCCUUACCUCAAGUCUACGAAGAAUCUUUUGGUUACACGAGACUGCAAGGGUCUUUGGUGUUUGUUUCGAUUGCCGUGGGGAUAUGCUUCACGAUUUUGCCGAGGAUAUACGAUAUUCGAGUCGCAUGUCGGAAAGAUGCGCAAGCCAUUGAGCCCGAGGACAAGUUAUUCGGCUUCUAUGUUGCUGCGCCGGUGCUGGCUGUGGGAUUAUGGUGGUUCGCUUUCUCGGUCCCUCCGCUCAAUUCUUCGGCUUCGCCCUGGGUUUCCAUUUGCUCGCUUGCACUGCUGGGAUAUAGCAUUGUCGAGUUCGACAAUGUGUUGAGCGGAUAUCUUUGCGAUACGUAUGCUUCUCGCACGGCUUCAGCGCUUGCGCCAUUAUCGUUUCUCAGAGCGACCCUUUCGGGCACGUUUCCGUUGUUUGGAAGUGCGAUGUUCCAUAAUUUGGGUGCUAACUAUGCGAUGUUCGUUCUUGCGGGCAUCGCGACGGCCUUUUGUGCGGUUGCGGUGUUGUUUGGGGUAUUUGGGAAAAGGAUACGAGAAAGCAGUCCGUUAGCUGAGAAGACGGUCGGGAUGGGUGAUUGA